AUGAAAAUUAUGUCUUGGAAUGUCCAAGGAUUUGGAAACAAGCGUACUAGGUAUCAUCUAAGAGACUUAGUUAGAUCCAAUGAUCCUGACAUUAUAUUCUUAGCUGAGACCAAAAAUAAGGAUAAUAAGAUGAUGAAUUACACUAAACAGCUCAACUAUCCUUAUUACUGUUAUGUUCAUCCUAUUGAUUUAUCUGGAAGGUUAUUUUUGUUAUGGAAAGAUGGUAUCAUCCUUGAUAUUGUUGAGUAUAAUCUAAACUUCAUUAUCUGCUCUAUGCAAUUUGAUAACAGGAGUGGUAAGACUUUGUUAGUCUGUAUGUAUGGUGCAUUUGAUGAGGAAGGGAUUGCUAGACAAUCGGACUUCCUAACUAGACUCUCUGGUAGGUUUAACUGCCCUUGGGUAGUCACAGGAGACCUGAAUUUCAUAACUAGCAAUGAGGAAAAAUUAGGAGGUAAUAUUGUCCCCCAAAAUCAGCUUAAUGUGGUCAAUGAUCAUCUUGAUUUUUUAGACCUAACUAAUAUUAGGUUCAUGGGAAAUCUCUAUACUCGGUCAAAUAGGAGAGAUAGUGCCGGUUUGAUUUUAGAAAGGCUUGAUAUAGGUCUAGGAAACCAUAAGUGGUUCAAUCUUUUUCCAAAUCGCAUUGUGUAUCAUCUUCUUCCUAUAGGGAGUGAUCAUUGCCCUAUUUUGUUGGUUAGUACUAAGGAUGAUAAACCUACUAAGAAACUUCUAAGGUUUAAUAGAUGUUGGCUCAUGCAUAACUCGUGUAAGGACAUUAUUAGAGAUAACUGGAAGACAUCUGAAAGAGGCUCUCAUGCUUACUUUCACUCUAUGUCUUUGAGAAAUGUUAAAUAUGUCCUUAGAGAUUGGAACAUUAUUAUCUUUGGGAACAUCCAAUCCAAAAUUACUUAUUUUCAAAGUCAGCUGGAGUAUUUGAGUGGUAAUGUUGCUAAUCAUGUUAAUCUUAAUGAGAUUAGAGACACUGAAGCUAGCCUGAAUCAUUGGUAUGGUAUUCAGCAGGAUCAUUAUAUGCAAAGAGCUAAGGAAAAUGUUCUUAAAUUUGAUGAUAGAAACACAAAAUAUUUUCAUGAUAAGGUUAAUUUUAGAAAAAAGAGGACAUAA